CGUGCAAGUUGAAUGUUGUCGGCCAGCGUAACGGUGACAGAAACACAGUCCCACCAACAAGGAUGGUAACCAUUGGAAAGAACCGUUAUUGCGGGAUAUCAUGGGAUUUUCGGUGCUUGUUGUAAAAGAUCCUUUGCGGAAUCCUACUUCCUCAGCUGCUGUCCUGAGCUAGCUGCAGACUGUGAAAUGAAUACACCGUCCUCUGGACCUCUCUACUCCUGAAACACUAACCGUUGUCCUUGACGGGCAAAUGCUGUACAUCAGUCACUGUGCCGGCCCCUUCCUGUGGAUUAUGGACUUGUGAUGACUGUUGAUGUGGGGUUCUUCGCAGUGACCGCAGAGAAGUCCGUCCGCUUGAGCCCCCGAUAAACAGAUUAUGACUGUAUAAUGGAGAGGGGUCCUGAGAUUCCACUUGGCGUGGCGCCUGCGCUCAGGAUAUGAACGAUCCUAACCCUAAGGCCGACCAGAAAUCGAAUCCAGCUGGAGUACUGGGAAGGCUCGAGGACUCCUUGAAAAUUAUGCAGUCAGAUGAUCUGUUCAAUAAGAAGCUUAGAGCCUUGAAUGGGAACAUGGGACCCCCGACCUCCAAUGCACAGGGGACUCCUGCGAUGCCUAAGAUGGGUGUCCGGGCGAGGGUGUCGGAGUGGCCCCCAAGAAAGGAGGGCUGGGAGGGCCGUCCGCCGCCCAACUACGAGAGCCUGAUGAUGGGCUUUCGCAAUGGACAAUCGGACCAAAGCGUGGACAUCAGUGAUCAGAGCAGAGUCCCCCAAGUAGAGUCAGAGUUUCCGGAGACGAAGUACUUGCUGAGUGACAUCCUGAGCCACUCACCCCUCAAGGGGCUCCACCCAAUCCGGCAGAGGAGCAACAGCGACGUGACGAUCAGCGACAUCGACACGGAGGACAUUGUGGACCAGACCGCUGUCAACCCUAACACGGGGGCGUCCUUGCACCGCGAGUACGGCAGCACCUCCUCCAUCGAUCGGCAGGGCCUCUCGGGGGAGGGCUUCUUCACCAUGCUGCGGGGCUACCGCGUGGACGCCCUGGACCACCGCAGCGCGCCCCCCUUGGGCUUCCCCGAACUGCUGCGCUACGACGCCACCUUCUCCCCGAGCCUGCAGACGGCGGCACAGAUCGCCCGCGGCGAGAUCAUCCACGUCGCGGGCUUUGACUACCCGGACGGGCAGCUGCUCUAUGGCCGCGAGCGGGAGAAGUCCUUCGUGCGGCGCUUCAAGUCGGAGUCCUCAGAGACGUCGCUCUUCCGCAAGCUGCGGGCCAUCAAGAGCGAGAGCGACGGGCUCCGCCUCGCCGCCGAGCCGGACGACCGCCGCCCGGCCAGCUUCCAGAAGUGCUUCGCCCACUACGACGUGCAGAGCGUCCUCUUCAACAUCGGAGAGGCGGUGGCCAACCGGGCCAACCUGGCCAAGAGGAAGAACACCACCACGGGGGCGUCGGCCGCCUCGCAGUACCACGUCCCCGGGAGCGGGCCCGUGUGCGAGUCCCCGCUGGGCAGCCGGGAGGACCUCAACUCCAAGGAGAACCUGGACGCUGACGAGGGGGACGGCAAGAGCAACGGGCUGGUGCUCAGCUGCCCGUACUUCCGCAAUGAGAUCGGCGGGGAGGGCGAGAGGAGGAUCUCCCUGUCCAGGGCCAACUCGGCCGGCUAUAAUGCAGGGGAGAGCUGCUCCUUCGAGUCUUCACUCAGCUCCCACUGCACCAACGCUGGCGUGUCUGUGCUGGAGGUGCCCCGGGAGAACCAGCCCAUCCACCGGGAGAAGGUCAAGCGCUACAUCAUCGAGCAUAUCGACCUGGGGGCCUACUACUACCACAAAUACUUCUACAACAGAGAGCACCAGAACUACUUCGGUGUGGAUGAGAACCUGGGCCCGGUGGCAGUCAGCAUCCGGAGGGAGAAGCUGGAUGAAGGGAAGGAGAAGGAGGGAGCGCAGUACAACUACCGCGUCACCUUCAGGACCAGCGAGCUCACGACGCUGAGAGGGGCCAUCCUGGAGGAUGCCGUGCCCUCCACUGCGAAACACGGCACAGCCAGGGGCCUGCCACUCAAGGAGGUGCUGGAGUACGUGGUCCCUGAGCUCAACAUCCAGUGCCUGAGGCUGGCCCUCAGCUCUCCCAAGGUCCCAGAGCAGCUGUUGAAGCUGGACGAGCAGGGGCUGAGCUUCCAGCACAAGGUGGGCAUCCUGUACUGCAAGGCGGGCCAGAGCACCGAGGAGGAGAUGUACAAUAAUGAGAGCGCCGGGCCCGGGUUCGACGAGUUCUUGGACCUGCUGGGCCAGAGGGUGCGGCUGAAGGGGUUCACCAAGUACAGAGCACAGCUGGACAACAAGACGGACUCCACAGGCACCCACUCCCUGUACACCACCUACAAGGACUAUGAGCUGAUGUUCCACGUGUCCACACUACUUCCCUACACGCCCAACAACAGGCAGCAGCUGUUGAGGAAGAGGCACAUAGGCAACGACAUCGUCACCAUCGUGUUCCAGGAGCCCGGGGCCCUUCCCUUCACUCCUAAGAACAUUCGCUCACACUUCCAGCACGUGUUCGUCAUUGUCAAAGUCCAUAACCCUUGCACUGAAAGUGUAUGCUACAGCGUGGCAGUUUCCAGAUCUAAAGACGUGCCUCCCUUUGGUCCACCCAUCCCCAAGGGCGUGACUUUCCCCAAGUCGGCCGUGUUCAGGGACUUUCUGCUGGCCAAGGUGAUCAACGGCGAGAACGCGGCACACAAGUCGGAGAAGUUCCGCGCCAUGGCCACGCGCACGCGGCAGGAGUACCUGAAGGACCUGGCGGAGAACUUCGCCAGCACGGCGACCAUCGACUCGGCCGUCAAGUUCAGCUUCAUCACGCUGGGCUCCAAGAAGAAGGAGAGGAUCAAGCCGCGGCGCGACGCCCACCUGCACAGCAUCGGCGCCAUCACCUGGAGCGUCGUCGCCCGCGACUUCGGACAGUCGGCCGACGUGGAGUGCCUGCUGGGCGUCUCCAACGAGUUCAUCGUGCUGAUCGAGGAGGAGUCCAAGAACGUGGUGUUCAACUGCUCCUGCCGCGAUGUCAUCGGCUGGACCUCGGGCCUUGUGAGCGCCAAGGUGUUCUACGAGCGCGGGGAGUGCGUCAUGUUCUCUGCCCAGGAUGGCUGUGGGGAGGACAUCCGAGAGAUCGUCCAGCGGCUGGAGAUCGUUACCAGGGGCUGCGAGACCUCCGAGAUGACCCUGCGCCGGAACGGCCUGGGCCAGCUCGGCUUCCACGUCAACUUCGAGGGCGUGGUGGCGGACGUGGAGCCGUACGGCUUCGCCUGGAAGGCGGGCCUGCGCCAGGGCAGCCGGCUGGUGGAGAUCUGCAAGGUGGCGGUGGCCACGCUGACGCACGAGCAGAUGAUCGACCUGCUGCGCACGUCGGUGACGGUGAAGGUGGUGAUCAUCCAGCCGCACGAGGACGGCACGCCCAGGAGGGGCUGCUCGGAGCUCUACAGGAUCCCGAUGGUGGAGUACAAGCUGGACAGCGAGGGCACGCCGUGCGAGUACAAGACGCCCUUCCGGAGGAACACCACCUGGCACCGCGUGCCCGCCCCGGCCGGCCAGCCGCUGACGCGCGGCUCCCCGACGCAGGCGCCCGAACGGCUGCAGUGCCAGCAGCUCCUGCAGCAGGCCCCGGCCGCCAUCCCGCGCAGCACCUCCUUCGACAGGAAGCUGCAGGACGGCUCCAGGGUGAUGCAGGACCUGGAGAACCCACAGAUCCCCUCGUGCACUAAAGGAGACCCCAGCCAACACUACCGGAGCUCCCCCAGCAACCAGUCGUCGUCCAGCGACCCGGGUCCCUGCGGCAGCAGCCCCUGGGGGCAGCAGGCGGGAUAUGAGGGGUGCCAGUCUCCCGUGCUGCACGACCGGUCAGGCGAGGGCCUGGGUGGCCACGUGGAUGGGGAGGGACUGAGAGAGAGGGAGCCCACUCUGGAGAGGACGAGGUCUGCAGAGGCAAAGUGGCAUCUUCCUUCAACCAAGAUCCUGAAUGCCCUGAAGGAGAGAGGAGGGGGAAAAGACUCUCCGAACAAGCUGCCCCGCACUGGAGAUAAAAGCUGCCCAAGCCACUGCUCCAGCCACUCCAGCAGCAACACGCUGUCCAGCAACGCCUCCAGCAACAGUGACGACAAGCACUUUGGGUCCGGGGAUCUGAUGGACCCGGAGAUGCUGGGCCUGACCUACAUCAAGGGCGCGUCGACGGACAGCGGCAUCGACACGGCGCCCUGCAUGCCCCCGCCCCCUCUGCCGGGCGUGGCGGGCUCCCGCGUGCUGCUGCAGGGCCGCGGCGAGCAGGUGCUGCAGUGGGCCGCGGAACACCCAGAGGACAUGGGCCCGGAGGAGGACCAGGCCAAGCUGUACCUGCCCCAGGGCUACAUCUCCGCCAUCGCCGGCAGCCACGUAACUGAGGGCAGCAUCGGCGACCUGAGCGAGAUCUCCUCCCACUCCAGCGGCUCCCACCACUCGGGCAGCCCCUCCGCACGCAGCUCCAAGAUGAGCUCCUCCCUGGACUCCUCCAAGGUCUACAUCGUCACUCAGAGCGGCAUGGCGCAUGGAGCCAGCCCAGACUCUCGCGCGUGUGCCCGCCAGGUGGGAGGCAGCAAGUACCUGAUUGGCUGGAAGAAAUCUGAGGACGGCCCCCCUCCAGAGGAGCCUGGGAGAGUAGCAGAGUGUGGGCGUCUCUACGUUUCGGAUGCCCCCUGUCCGCUGCAGAUGUCAGACCCGGACGGCAAGCUCCCACAGAGCCUCUCCAAGGAGGACUUCCUGAAGAUGAUGCUCCCUGACAGCCCCCCCGGGGAGGAGGGGAGGAGGAAGACCCCGCGGCGCUCCCUCUGCCGGACCCUGUCGGACGAGAGCGUGUGCAGCAACCGGAGGGCCCCGUCGUACGCCAGCUCCCGCAGCUCCAUGCUGGACCAGGCCCUGCCCAACGACAUCCUGUUCAGCAGCACGCCACCGUUCCACAGCACGCUGCCGCCCCGCACCUCGCUCGGCCCGGGCACCUCCAAUCUGAGGAAUGAGUUCUGGUUCUCUGAUGGCUCCCUGGCGGACAAGUCCAAGUUCAGCGACCCGGGCCUGAUGCCCCUCCCCGACGACGCCUCAGGCCUGGACUGGUCUCACCUUGUGGAUGCCGCUAGGGCCUUUGAAGACCAGAGAGUGGCAUCGUUCUGCACCAUGACAGACAUGGAGCAGACCCAGGCCUUGGAGAUCUCCCAGGAGCUGAGGAGACGGGUGGCAGCCUCGGAGGCCGCGGCGCUGGAGGCAGGGGAGGGCUCUCCUGGGACCCUGACUGGCAAAGUAAAUCAGCUGGAGGUGAUUCUCAGACAGCUGCAGUACGACCUGCGGAAGGAGAAGGAGGACAAGGCCAUGCUGCAGGAGCAGGUGCAGCACCUGAGGCAGGACAACAUGCGCCUGCACGAGGAGAGCCAGACGGCCGCCGCACAGCUGAGGAAGUUCACAGAGUGGUUCUUCCACUCCGUCGACAAGAAACCGUGAGCCGCGCCUCCGCCGCCGCGACGCACGGCAACGCCGCACCGCGGAGGGGAGAGGCCUCUUCACUGACAGAAUGUAAACUUAGGCUUCUUAAACCACUCGCUAACGCUCAGUCAUCGUCUUUGCUUCUGCGGCGUCUGACCGGAGGGGACAUCAGAGGGAGCGGUGAGGGAGGGACAGAGGGGAAGACUGACGCCUGGAGCCGGAUGGGAGGAAUGUAUGGACCUCUCCUAGUUCCUGCUUGCACCAAGAGUAGUCGGCACGCCCUACAAAACGUCAAAACAAAUGAAUGUAGCUCAUUGAAGACCUAUUUUGCUGGCACAGAGGAGCAGUUGUGUUGUUCUUACGGCUCGGUCCGAACGCCAGGGCGAUUCCGUCCCUUCGCGCAAGGUUAUCAGUCGAUCCAAUCCAGGGUUGUUGGCUUUGUGUCUUCAUUGUUGUUCGCUAGAUAAAGCAGGCGGUAAGUUUGAUGUUUAAAGGUGCUCUUUCAGUCUAGGUAUAUUUUUCUUUCUUUUUUUUAUGUAAGUAGUUUCCAAGUAUUCCGCUGUCACAGUGUCCUAGCAAUAAAAAAAGAAGAUAGUCACAAAACUGUGUUUAAAGGUUAGCACUAAUGUGAUGGUGUUGUUGAGAUGGGGUUGUGUUUGACAUGUAUUUAUUUUGCAGGAACAGAUCGUGCCUGAUAUAAGUAGUGUAUGGAUUGUUCCUUGUUUUGUUUUUUUUUUCUUUUACUUUCUUUUAAAACACUUGCCUUGUCCAUGGCUCACACAGACAUACAAACCAGGUCAUUACAUGUGUAUAGUUUAUUGUAGCAAAAUCAGUUCUUAUGCAGUUGCUCUAGAACGCGUGAGCCUGAAAACCACUUUUACGAUGCCAAAAUUUAUCUUUGUACAGAACC